CAAAAUGGGCAGCUCAACCUCCAGUUCCAAUGGCAGCUCGGACUGCAGCUCAUCGGGAACAUCAUCAACCACGGGCAGCUCCGGCUCGAUGCCAAGCAACUGCAACUGCUGCGUGGCGCCACGCUUCGGCUUCAAGCGUCUGCUGCAGAAGUUGCGACGCACAAUCAAGCGUCAUUUGCGACCACGCAAGAAUCGCUGCGGCUUUCAACGUCGCUAUGGGGCGCGCACAGCGCUGUUGCGUCCGAUGCCCCGUUGCAGCUCCUUUGGCAGCUGCGGCACUCUGCUGACGCCCACAAAGCGUGGCAAGGCCACGCCCACCGACACUCAUUAUGCGCAAUGGAAGUGCACAUUCGAGCAUGCAAGGGGUAGCAAGAAGUAUGGCGCAACAGCAGCUGCAACUGCGGCACACGACAUCAGCGAAGCGCUGUCCGGCCAAACGACACCACGAGGCUUCCCCUCGCACACCGAUGCCCGACGCUGUUCGCAACAGUUGCAACAACAACAACUGCAGCCUGUGGUAGAGCAGCCACUCUAUGAGCUGGCCAUUGGCGAGCAGGCCCAGGUGCGUCGUCGUCUCAGCUUCCGUCUGCCGUUGAGCCGCAACAGCAGCAGCAGCGGCAGCAGUGGCAUCGGCGGCAGCAGCAGCGGAGGCGGCGGCACCGUGCGUCGGUUGACCGCACGCCAGAGGGCGGCGCAGGCCAAACUGGAGGCGCAGCUGCAGCGAGAGCUCCGCGAUUUGGAGGAUUACUACGGCGGAUUUCACUAUGCACGCCGCAACGAGCGACGCAUUUGAACUGGACACAGAAAACAGAACGGAAGCUACAGCAACAGCGA